AUGUCGGGUCUCGACUCCCGCUUCGGUGGUGGUGGCGGUGGUGAUGGUAGGGGUGGCGGCGGCGGCGGCGGUGGUGGUGGUGGGUGGUCGCGGUGGUGGGUGGCGGUGGUGGUUGGCGGCGGCGGUGUCCUCGCCGCCGCUUCCGCAGGAUCUCCACGCUGCGCGGCGCCGCCGUGCCUCCCGACGCCCGGUGGUGGGGCAGUCGCCGGCGCGUGGGAGGAGGAGCGGCCAGCCAGUGGAGUCCGGGAAGCCGAGCAGCGCAGACGCGUUGUGCGCCGUUACGUUCCUCGCAAGGGUCCAGCGAUCGGUGACCGACGGCGACGACGCCCGCAGCGGAAGCGUGAGCGUUUUUUUUCGCAGCCAGGUCGUGGAAACAGUGGUCGAACUCGCGGGCAAAUCCUCCGCGCGGUAACGGGAUACUCGCGGAGACGCGCCUCUCUGGCUGCCGCGAGCGGUAAUGUCGAUGAGGAGCGCCUGGUGACAGAGAAAGAGAGGCAGGAACGCGGAAGAGACUUGACAAGCCUGGCCCGUGGUGAGGCUCUGGUGGUUCUCUCCAUUUCUCUCGAGGCAGAGGAGAGGCCAAACGGUGAGACGAGAGGAAGCGCCGAUCGAUCAAGAAGAUCGGAGUAA